AUGCUCCUCCGCACAACCUAUGCCAGGACGGCUGCUCUCCGUCCCCUCCGAGCCACUUUUUCCACCACUGCCCGAGCCAUGGGCGAGGGAGACACCGGCGCGCCCCCAAAGAUGGGCGGCCAAGGUGACGCCUUUCAGCGACGCGAAAAGGCCAGUGAAGACUAUGCCAUCCGCCAGCGCGAGAAGGAGAAGCUCCUGGAGCUCAAGAAGAAGCUUGCUGAGCAGCAGCAGCACCUCGAUCGUCUGUCCAAGCAUAUCGACGAAAUCACAAAGGACCAGGGCGGCGAGCAGAAUUGA